AUGUCCGGCGCAGCUCAGCUGCAGCUGCAGCUGCAGCCACUGUCGUUGUCACUCCAGCGUGCCCUCUCCGAGCAGCUGCAACUCUCCGCCAGCAGGGAGCAGGAACAUGAGGCGUGCGCCCCCCGCAUUUCCCCCAGUCCCCUCUUUUGCUGUUUCUCUCCCCUCCCGCUCUUCCUCUCGCUGCGUCUGUGUGAGUGUGUCUCGUUCCCUCAGCGUGCGCGGCGGCCCAGUCCUUGCCCCGCCAAGCCCCUUCCACGACAGGCCACCGACCACAGAGAGAAGCGCAGCAGCAGGGAUGAGGAGGAAGUGGAGCAAAAGGGGGAAGGAAAAAGAAAAAAAAGAAAAACGGGCGGCGACGGCCGCGCGUGGCUGCGGGGAGGCCGGCAAGCCGAACUGCGACAGUCACGUCCUUCAGAAGCGUGGGAAAAAAAAAACGUGUCGUGCGCGUGCGAACUCCCAUGA